GGGCCGGCAGGGAUCGGGGCCGGGGCCGCGCCGCCACACAAAGGCCGCAGCAUGGUCCUGGUGCACGUCGGUUACCUGGUGCUGCCCGUCUUCGGCUCCGUGCGCAACAGAGGUGCUCCAUUUCAAAGGUCUCAGCAUCCCCAUGCUACCUCCUGCCGGCAUUUCCACCUGGGUCCCCAGCCUCAGCUCCCUGCUGACUUCGCCCUGCCCCACACAGUGCAGCCCCAGCCGGGGCUGACUCCUCACAUGGCCCCCCCACACCAGCACAGUGGUCCCCUGCACCAACCCCUGGCCCCAGUGCCAGCCCUGCCCUUCCAGGACAUGGCCGGACCCUCCUUCCUACCUCAGGCGCUACACCAGCAAUACCUCCUCCAGCAGCAGCUCCUCGAGGCGCAGCACCGCCGGCUUAUGCCCCAUCACAGGCGGGCUCAAGAACGUAUGUCCGUCCAGCCUCAUCGUCUACACCCCAGCUUUGACUUCAGCCACCAACUACAAACUCCACAACCCAUAGGGCCCCAGCCCAGGUAUUUAGCCGAAGGCACGGAUUGGGACCUCAGUGUCGAUGCAGGACUGACUCAUGCCCAGUUCCAGGUCCGUCCGGUCCCUCAGCCCUAUCAGCAUUACUUAGCUACACCUCGGAUGCACCACUUCCCCAGAAGCACAUCCUCGACACAGAUGGUUGUUCAUGAAAUCAGAAAUUACCCUUAUCCUCAGCUGCAGCUACUUGCUCUUCAGGGACUGAACCCAAGCAGGCACACAUCAGCUGUGAGGGAGAGCUAUGAGGAGCUGCUGCAGCUGGAGGACAGGCUGGGCAGUGUGAGCCGUGGUGCUGUCCAGAACACCAUCGAGAGGUUCACUUUCCCCCACAAAUACAAGAAGAGAAGACCGCAGGAGGGCAAAGCUGGGCAAGAGGAUGGGGAGGAGUCGGACACUGAUGAGAAAUGCACAAUCUGCCUGUCCAUGCUUGAAGAUGGAGAAGAUGUCAGGCGAUUGCCCUGCAUGCAUCUCUUCCACCAAGUGUGCGUUGACCAGUGGCUGGCCACCAGCAAGAAGUGCCCGAUCUGCAGGGUGGACAUUGAAACACAGCUUGGCUCGGACAGCUGAAAGGACUGGCUGGAUACACCAUUUUCCUUACCAGGUCGUAUGGCCAUAAACCCUUGCAGCAAAUUUUUUGCCUUCUGAGCCAUUUGAUUGAGAAGAAAAGUCUGCAGGCACGUUAGUGAGGAGGAGGUGGAGGAGGUGGCAGUACAAUAUCUAGCGGUAGGAGAUAUUGCACAUACGCAGGAUACGGGCCCAGUAAAAGGGAGCUGGCAUUCCCGGAGCUCAGAGACCCCAUGCUGCAGAAGAUUAAGUGUUGAACAUGAAGGAACUAGUUGUGGUAGUCUGGCCUGUCAAUCCUGCAUUUCAUGAGGAUUGUAUAUAUACCUCUCGAAUAUGUAGAAACAUGUUAGGGGUCUUUUAGCUAUUUCUAUGGAUGGCAGCUGGAGCAUGUUAGCUUGAGAAAUGUUGUGUUUGAUGCCCUACUCAUCUCGUGGUGGACAUGUUGCUGUUAGCUAAUUUGCACCAAAUAUUUUUUCAUAGAUUCCUUAUUUUGGUGCCUGAUUAAUACAUUGCAGAGGGGGAUGAAAAAAGGUCAACCUUUCCCACCCUUUCUGAGUGGGGAAGAGGCGAAAAAGCAAAAUCCUGUUUACAGUCAGAAGGGUUGUGCUCUUUGCCUCAGCCGCAUGUGCUUCCUUUCCCUGUGUUUACAGUGUGUCCCAAAUUUAGAGAAGCUUACAAAAAAACAACUAAAAUUUGGAAUAAAAUUAAUGAAGCAAUAGGGAGAAGCUUCAUUCCUGCGUAUCUGCUGAUGCUGGACAUUUUCUGUAGGGGUGCAAUAUUGGAGUAGAUGAUUCUUCGCUUUUUAUCUUAACGAAGUAGAUUGCCAUAUUAAAAUUCAAGGAAGGGGUGUCUUCAUGAUUAUCAUUAUCUAUGUUGCUUUUUGAUGUGAGCUGUGAGGCUGGUUGGCUUCAUCAGCCAUCCAAAAUGAUGGUUACUGGAGUCUGUGCCUACAGCUGUGCUUUGGAGCAUAGUAAUGACAGAGAGGUGUUUAGAGAUGUACAAUGCCGACUCCUCUCGCAUGCAAAAACAUCUCUGAUAAUAGAAUGAGUUUAAAAUGAAUGCUCAUGAGGCACUGUUGAGGCCAGGUUGGAUGAAGCCUUGGGUGAUAUGGUUUAGUGUGAGGUGUCCCUGCUCAUGGCAGGGGGUUGGAACUAGAUGAUCUUAAGGUCCUAUCCUACCCUAACUAUUCUAUGAUUCUAUGAUUUCUGCAUGGAAAGGGAGGCAGAUUGGAAGGAGAUUUUGAUGGUUUUUGGAGGGGCUGGGUUGUGACCCUGCCUCAAAGCAUAUGUACCUGCACCCACGUGCAUUUGUAUAUGCGUUUCAGGCCACAUCCAUAUAGAGAAUUCAUUGGUUGGUAGAAUUAAACUUAAUUGCAUUAACACUCAAAACAGAAUUAGGAGGAUUCUGUCUCCAAAGACUUAGCUGUUGCAAUCUGAGCUCAGUCUGUUUGACAUAAAGACCUCAGCUUGCCAACCACAGGGACUGAGCUGAAAACCAUCCGGAGAACCAACAUUCACAUCAUAAACACAUUUUUCCCUUUGUUUUUUAAAUCUUUUUUAUUACUAUCUUUGUAUACUAGGGGAGCAAAAGAGAGAAAAGCAGAGGAGAGAAGGGAAUUAGUCAGGAAAAUUAUAUAUUAAAAAUGCUGAUGUGGCACUUGUGAUUUCUGGCUCCCCUGAGCAUCCGUUUCACUGGAGCCAGGCGAAGCUUUCCAAGUAGAAACAAUCAUAAAUUACUAUCUAUCUGAGAGACUGAGAGAGUCCCAUGAGCUGCAGUUGGAAAACACCAGCCUCAGAGGCACCCCAGAGAUUAUUUCUUUCUGAACUAGAGGGAGGAGAAAAAGGGGUGGAGCCUUGUGCGUGCAAGGAUGGAGGAGCCCCUCUUUUGCUGUGGCCAUGUAGGAAAGAGGGAGUGGAUGGGGGACAAAUAGUAACAUAUGAGGAAGACAUAACAGGUUACAGUGAGGGUGGUGAAACACUGGCAGAAGGUGCCCAGAGAGGUGGUAGAUGCCCAUCCCUGGAAACAUUCAUGUCACGUUUGAUGGUGCUCUGAGCCAUCUCAGCUGAAGGUGUCCCUGCUCACUGCAGGGUGGUUGGACUAGAUGAACUUUAAAGGUUCCUUCCAACCCAAACAUUCUAUAAUUCUAUGAUUCUAUGAUCUAUUUGUCACCCAGUGCAAGUGAUGGCAUCCUGGGAGAUGUGGUAGUCCCAGGCCUGAUGUCCAUGGGUCAAGGAGUGGUCCGUCGAUACCUAUGGGUCUUGCUCCAGCACCAGCAGAUUAAAGCAGCCUUAAAAAUAAUAGUAAUAUUACUAAUAAUACGGACAAGCAAAGCAAGGCUUUGCUAGUAAAAUACACUGUAAGCCUGCCUGGUCUAUCUAGGCAUGAGCUGGGGAUGAAGCAGGGAGAGGAACAGGGUGAUUUAGACCCUGGCCAUGCAGGGAGAGAACAAGGGCCGCUUCCGAACCGUGUGUUUUCUUAAAGCCUAUGCGAAAGUAUUACUAUUUGCCUAAUGAACAAGCACAGUUUUUAAAAUAAAUAAAUAAACAAACAAACAAAAUUAAAAAAAAAGUACCCUUUGGUGAAGAAAAGCACCAAACUCCCAUGGUCUCGUGUGAGUGAUUGAUCCCAAGGUGCGUGCGAGCUUACAGCGUCUGGACUUGCAUUGGUGUGUCAGGUUCCUUUGCGUUUGAAAUAAUUAUUUACGUGUAGGUUGAGAUUAAUAGGGUGAGUUUAAACAGUGAAACGAGACAAACAAUGACAAAUAUCUAGAAACAAAACAUUGAUAGUUUACAGGGUUUUGUGAGCUUAAAUGCCUUAUAUUUAACAAUCAUAAUUUAUGACUAACUUGUAGAUAUUGUGGGUUCUUAUUUAAUUAUUUUUAUAGUUGGUUUUUUUUUGCAUUUUUAAUUAUAAUUUAUUUAUUUAGAAAUUAAUACUAAUUUUUUUUAUUACUCCUAUUACCUCAUUUUUGCAUUGUUUCUGGGAAUGGAAUGCUUUGCAUGCGUCGGUACUUUAAAAAUAAAAAGUUAAACACGGGAUGUGGGGGGUAAUGCUUAUCUUGUCACAAAAAAAAUUAAAAAAUAUAAAAAAAUCAGGGUGUGUGAUUACAAACUGUAUUACUGUGGUGCUGUUACCUUGGAUACAUUCCAUAAAAAUGCAAACCUUUGAUUCUGUAUGCUGUGACAUAGUGGAAAACUGCAAUAUAGUGACUGUGUUUAGCACAUAUAUAUGAAUAUUAUUUGCACUCAUAAUCAAACUCUGGUGAUCCUUUCACUUGUGUCCUUGUGCAUUGAAGGUGAUUAAGGAUGCUCUGCAAAACCAAAACAUUUCAGUCGAUUCUUGCUACUGCCCCAUCCCCUGACACUGCUGGCGAUGCUCCUGCUCUUGCUGCAUGUUACCCUGCAACAACACCUGGUAUGAAGCUGUGCUUCAGACAAUGCAUGUAUUUCGUGAAAGGCUCUUCAAAUGGCUCAAAAUCCAAGAAAGGAAGCCCAUGUAUGAUGGGUCUGUGUAAUUUUUUGUGCCUAUGUGUGCUUGGUUUGGUUCUUUUCACCCUCUGUGCAUGCAUGUGUGCUUGCCUAAUGGGCGCUGAGGAGAGGAUGGAGGAGACAAUCGGUUGAGCCUGAGCUUGGAGGCAACAAAACUGAGGGAUUCAUUGCAGCUUUUAAGGGUUAACCACUGGUCUAGCUGAGAGGGGCUGGGAUGGAUAUGAGAGUAAUUUGGCAUCACUUUGUACUGUUUGCCAUGAGUAUUCACUAUAACCCAGCUGCAAAACAGACAUGGAGCAGAAGGCCACAGUGCUGAUUGUCUUGACCAGUUAAUUUCAUCCCUUUUGUUAAGGGGGAAAUCUCAAUUCAGAGCUUUUUUAUCUACUGUCGAUCUGGGACCUCUACUGGAACCCUUUGGUACCCAGAGAGUGGGGCAGCCCCAAGCUGUUGUGCUGCUCAUGCAGCAGUGGCCAAGCAUCUCCAUUUUCAUCCCCAUUCCCAGACAUAGCCACAGCCUCACCACUCUCACAGUGAACCGCCUUUUCCUAAAAAGCUCAUGAAUACCAAGUGCUCAAGCCUUGCAGGAGGUUUUAGAGCACCUUUGAUAAUAUUUUUAGCUUUAAGCCAUAACCACUCUCAGUCAGCGCAGAUGCUCAGCCAUCUAUGAACAGACAUUGGGAUCAAUGCAUGUGCUCAGCCAGUAGCCAUCCCCCCCAAAGGUUUUGGAUGAAAUUCUCUUUUGGGUUAGAAAGGCAUAGAAUGACUAUACCUUGAUUUUCUUUCUCUCUGUCCCUUCAGGGUGCUGCUCUGCUUUGUUGACUUUGCCUUACCCUGAGUUUAAAACCUGUCUGUGUUUUUUUCCUUGCUGCUCUCUGACACUCUCCCCUGUAGCCUGUAGCUGCGGUUCUGAGCUGUGUGGGGAUGGGGGAUUGGUUGUUCCCCCCUACAGCAAAGACACUGCAAAAAAGAGUAAGUGAAACAAGGAGUGAGCGAACAAAAAUCCUUUCCUCUAAUGACCUGGGCUGGUGAAAGGAUCACCCACAUUUUUGUACUCCUACUGCUGUUCUGUUGUGCUGUGCAACAUUUUCCUACAUAGACUAUUUUAUAGAAGAAAGCUAGAAAAAUAUUUAUUAUUAAUAUUAAAGCAAUAGUGCAUUGAAGAAAUGAAAAGACAUUAGAAAUUGUGUAAAUGCUUAGAUUCACUUUUGGUGGAUUUUUUGUACUUUAUUUAUAACUAAUAAAACAAACUGCAUUGCUAACUAUAAA